UAGUGUAAUCAUUUCUCUCUUCGUAUUUGUAAUGGUUGUUGGGACCGUUUAUGAUGUAACAAUGAUUCAGAUGCCUAAAUGGGAGAAAACAACUGGACAUUCGGAACUUCAUGCAGAAACAGCAUUUAUAGAAAGUGAAAAAACACCAUUGAUUCAUCAUGAUGAAACAAAUAGUUAUAGCAGAUAUACACCAGGAAUGUUGGGUCGGCUGUUACUGUCAUUUUCUGUUUACACCAAUGGUUCAAAGAUAUUAAAUACAAAUCAACCAGGAGGUUCAUUAACAGCUAUUAAUGGAAUACGGUUUAUAUCCAUGACUUGGGUUAUACUUGGACAUGCGUACGGCUUCAUUUUGAGUGAUGUUGAUAAUGUAGGAAGUUUUCUACCCAAGAUGAUCAAAAGAGCAACAUUUCCUGCCAUCAGUAAUGCCUUGGUUUCGGUAGAUACAUUUUUUGUUCUUAGUGGGACGUUACUUGUGUAUAUAGUCAUGAAAGAACUAAAGAAAAAUGGAGGAAAACUCAAUUGGGGAAUGUUUUACUUCCAUAGAUUUUGGAGGUUGACACCACCUUACAUGUUGGUACUGAUGGUAUAUGUUUCACUCUUUCCAUACAUUGGGAGUGGUCCAUUUUGGAAAAAAGAUGGCGCGGAGUAUAAUUACUGUAAAAAUUCCUGGUAUUACAAUCUCUUGUAUAUCAAUAAUUUCUUUGAAAAACCAGAAGAUACGUGUUUUGGAUGGGCUUGGUAUCUUGCUAAUGACAUGCAGUUUUUUGUACUCAGUCCUUUGAUUAUUUUGCCAUUAUUUUUUUAUCCGAUGAUUGGUUACGCCAUACUAUUAGCAUUUCUAUGUGGAACAUGGAUAGCAACUGGAAUAAUGGCUACGAAGUGGGAGGUUCCAAUGUCAUCGUUUGACGGAGGUAACAUGACCCACUACUAUGAAAUCUACUCUCGGCCAUACUUCAGAAUGGGACCAUACCUUGUUGGCAUGUUUACCGGAUAUUUACUUUAUAAAACAGACUUAAAGUUCAAAAUGAACAGAUUUCUCAAUCUAUUUGGUUGGUUGAUAGCGGGUGUAUCAGCAUGCGCAGUUUUAUAUGGUAUAUAUGAUGACGUAAAUGGAGGUCGCGAAUCAAGGGAGAUAUCUUCGUUCUACAUAACAGUACAUAGAACCGUCUGGGGUGCUGCUGUGGCCUGGGUCAUUUUUGCUUGUGCUCAUGGAAAUGGAGGUUAUGUGAAUACAGUUCUAUCUUGGAAAGGCUUUAUUCCACUGAGUAGAUUAACAUAUUGUGCAUAUCUGGUACAUCCCAUUGUGAUAUAUCACUACCUCUAUACACGACGAAGAAUUAUUCAUUUAUCUGAUAUAGAAAUUAUAUAUGAAUUUAUUGGUCAUCUAGUUUUGUCAUAUGCUGGAGCGUUUCUUGCAUCUUUGGCCUUUGAGGCACCGAUGAUGGGACUCGAAAAAGUUAUAUUUAAAAGUAAAGGGCAUAAAAACAGGUGGUCAAUCUCUAACUCAGAUCUGGGGAAUAUUCCUAAAAUGAAUCUGUCAGUUUUAUCGUGUCUUCUUCUUUUCACUAUACAAGUUUAUUCUUUAAAUCAAAACAAGGGAUAUUUGGAUAAUUUUUUACACGUGAACAGACUUUUUCAAGAACAAAGGUAUAAUAUAAAAAAAUCGCCAUUGAAAUAUGCACAAUUGGCCGAAUCCAUAGGCACAGCUACAGAUCUUAGAAAAGUGUUCAGUCUGCGACAAGAGUUAACAGCACACAAUAAUGUUUUAGCAGACAAUGUGACAGAAAUUCCAGGUGUUGUAAGUACCAGUUCAAACCAAGAACCAACCAAGCCACCUGAACCAGGCAUAUCAGAACUUUGUAAAAUUCAUGCAAAUGGUAUAAUUGAAGGAAUCAAUCAGCAACAAUUUUGGGCACUGAGAAUGUUAGACUCUGCAGGUAAACCCCCUGCUAAUUUGCUGGGCGGGGGAUUCAAAUGGCUGGGUGACUAUGAAGAAUGUCUAGACAUCGAAGGUCAAACAGUCGCUAAUAAUUUAACAUAUGCUUUUGGAACACAGUAUUGCAUGGUUACCGUAGUUAACAUACAAGCUUUACCACCAAUACUACCACUGUACACCCCGUUAAAUAUUGGAAUGUGUAUGCCAAACAGCUGUACAGUCAAUGAUACACAACGUUUGAUUGAUAUAGCUGUGAAAAAUGUGACAAACAACUUAUUUAUAGCCUUCCAAGCAGAAUGCCAAGAACCAGAUAGACCGUAUGAUACUAGAGCUGUAAUCGUACUCGUGGUAAUAUCCUUCUUCAUAACCAUAAUGACAGCUGGUACUGCAUACGAUAUAGCAUUAAUACAGUGGCCUAAGUGGCAACAGGCCGCAAAGCAAAAGGGACCCGAUGAAAUAGUUGCAGUUGAGGCAAACGAGAAAAUCCCAUUACUCACAGAUAGUGAUCAAAUAGUACAAUAUCAACCAGGAAUAUUUGGAAAAAUCCUGCUAGCCUUUUCUGUAUAUACUAAUGGUUCAAAACUUCUUAGUACGCAUCAGCCUGAAGGUUCACUGACAGCUAUCAAUGGAAUCAGAUUUAUAUCCAUGACUUGGGUUAUACUUGGACACUCAUAUAUAUUUGUACUUUCUGAUGUUGAUAACGUGGGUACAUUUCUGCCUGAAAUGAUGAAAAGAGUUACCUUUCCUGCUGUUAGUAACGCUCUUGUAUCAGUGGACACCUUUUUUGUUUUGAGUGGCCUGUUAUUGACAUACCUUGUGAUGAAAGAAAUGGCGAAAAAACGUGGAAAAUUAAACUGGGGAAUGUUUUAUUUUCAUAGAUUUUGGAGAUUAACCCCUCCAUACAUGUUGGUAUUGAUGGUUUAUGUUUCAUUAUUUCCAUAUACCGGUAGUGGUCCGGUAUGGGUAAAAGACGGAUCUGAGUAUAAUUACUGUAAAACAUCUUGGUACUAUAAUCUGCUGUACAUCAACAACUUUUUUGAAAAACCAGAAGAUUCGUGCUUUCAAUGGGCUUGGUACUUAGCUAAUGAUAUGCAGUUUUUUGUACUUAGUCCUUUAAUACUCAUUCCGCUGUAUUUUUUUCAACUAGCUGGAUUUGCUGUACUAUUAGCUUUUUUAAUUGGAACAUGGGUAACAACGGGAGUUAUGGCAACAACAUGGAAUGCUCCAAUGUCAAUGUUUGAUGGAGGAGAUAUGACUCACUGGGGAGAACUUUACUUCAGGCCUUACUUCCGAAUGGGACCUUACUUAGUGGGAAUGUUUACUGGAUAUCUGCUUUAUAAAACAGAUUUAAAGUUGAAAAUAAAUAAAUUUGUUAAUUUAUUUGGUUGGUUAGUUGCCGCCGUAUUAGCAUGUGCAGUUUUAUACGGUAUAUAUGAUGACGUAAACGGUAAUCGUCCGUCACAGGAAGUGUCGUCAUUCUACAUUACGGUGCACAGAACAGUAUGGGGUGCUGCAGUCUCCUGGGUGAUAUUUGCAUGUGCUCAUGGAUAUGGAGGUUAUGUGAAUACAGUAUUAUCCUGGAAAGGUUUUAUUCCACUGAGCAGACUUACAUACUGUGCAUACCUUGUUCACCCUCCUAUUAUAUAUUACUACCUAUUGACCAGACGAAGGCUGAUUCAUUUUACUGAUACAGAAAUUAUCUAUGAAUUUUUAGGACAUCUUUUCUUGUCAUAUGCAGCAGCUUUUAUAACUUCAAUGGCGUUUGAGGCGCCUAUGAUGGGACUUGAAAAGGUGAUUUUCAAGCGACAAGAAAAAACGAAGAAAUAAAACGUUGAAUAACGACUGUACAAAUGAUAAUAUUAAAUGUGAAUAUCAUAAAUUUUGCUGACAAUUUGUUCUAUAAAAAAGUGCAAUAGAUUUUUCAUUGUCUCUUAUUAAAAACAGUAAUAAAGUAUUUUCAGAUUAAAACGCCUCAACUUUA